AUGGGGCUGCGCCAAUGUGGCCGCGCUCGGCUGCUCAUGCUGGGAGGGCUGGCCUCCCUUUUGCUGCUGGCAGCCCUGUAUGGUUCAGGGUCCCCGUCGCAGCCUUUGGUGUUGUUCUUCUCUCCCUGGAGGAUCGAGAAGCAGCUCUACAAGCUUGAUCUGAGCUGGCCUAAAUUUCCAGAACUAUUCACGGGUCAAACGUUUUGCGUUGCUGUUGACCACAUCCAUGGAUUAGUUUACGUGGGACAGAGAGGCAAUGAUGUGCCAAAGGUCCUUGUGUUUUCUGAGGAAGGCUAUUUCUUACAAGCAUGGAAUACUACCCUCGAAAUGCCGCACGGAAUCUUUGUACUGAGCACAGAGAACGAUAGUUCAGUGUGGAUCACAGAUGUCGGAACGGGCAAGCAUGGACACACAAUUAAGGAGUACAGUCCUUCGGGCAAACUCCGUCAAGUCAUAGGUACCCCAGGAGUGGCAGGUUCAGGGACAAACCCCAUACAGUUGGAUCAGCCAGCAGAGAUUUUUGUGGAGCACACCGGAGAUAUCUACAUUGUGGAUGGUGAUGGAGGGAUGAAUAAUCGCCUCCUCAAAUUGACACCAGAUUUGAAGACUUUAUGGCUGCGUGGGGAAAACGGUUCUGGCACAGCCCAGUUCAGGAUUCCACACAGCGUGACGGUGGAUUCUUUUGGACGGGUGUGGGUUGCUGAUAGAGGCAAUGAGCGAAUCCAGGCAUUUGACAAAACCACAGGGGAAUGGUUGGGAUCUUGGAGCAACUGUUUCAUAGAAGAUGGCCCUUAUUCUGUCAGGUUAACUCCUGACGAGAAGUAUAUCUUCGUGGCUCAACUAAACAUCAACCGAGUGUUAAUUUUGGCGGCCCCGCCUGUCGGCUCUAUCAGAGACUGUGUGGUGGUGGACACGAUUCAGCUGGCGGCGAGUGUCAGGCCCCACCUCCUGGAUAUCAGCAUGAAAAGCGGAGCCGUCUACGUGGCAGAAAUUGGGGCUCAGCAAGUCCAGAAAUACGUGCCUUUAGACUAA